GGGCCGGAGGGGUGUGGGCCCGAGGGCCGCGGCGUUCCGCGAGCGAGUCGCGGGUUGUCAGAACGGUCGCCGCCGAACUCGGGCGAGGUGGCGUCUCUCGGUCCUGCCGGUCCCGGGGGCCCGGCGUGAGGAUGAGAACGCCAAGGACGCAGGGCCGCUGGAGGCGCAGGUAACGGAGCCUGGGUGCGGUGGGGCUUCUUCCGGGACCCGUGGUGCUGAAUGGAGAGGACUGAGACCAUGAGGUUCCGCAUCUACAAACGGAAGGUGCUAAUCCUGACGCUCGUGCUGGCCGCCUGCUGCUUCGUCCUCUGGAGCAGCAGUGGGCGACAAAGGAAGAACGAGGCCCUUGCCCCACCGCUGCUGGACACCGAGCCCGCGCGGGGUGCAGACGGCCGCGGUGGGGAACAUCCCGGCGUGUCCGUGGGCAUCCGCAGGGUCUCCAACGAUUCGGCGGCUCCGCUGCCCCCAGCGGCCGCGCAGCCCGGGGCCGACAACCAGACGCUACGCUACCGGUCCCUGGUGUACCAGCUGAACUUUGAUCAGACUCUGAGGAAUGUAGAUAAGGCUGGCACCAGGGCCCCCUGGGAGUUGGUGCUGGUGGUCCAGGUGCAUAACCGACCCGAAUACCUCAAACUGCUGCUGGACUCACUUAGCAAGGCACAGGGCAUCGAAAACGUCCUGCUCAUCUUCAGCCACGACUUCUGGUCGACAGAGAUCAAUCAGUUAGUCGCUGGAGUGGAUUUCUGUCCAGUUCUGCAGGUGUUCUUUCCAUUCAGCAUUCAGUUGUAUCCCAACGAGUUUCCGGGCAGUGACCCCAGAGAUUGCCCCCGAGACUUAAAGAAGAACGCAGCUUUGAAGUUGGGGUGCAUUAAUGCUGAAUACCCCGACUCGUUCGGUCAUUACAGAGAGGCCAAGUUCUCCCAGACCAAGCAUCACUGGUGGUGGAAGCUGCAUUUUGUAUGGGAAAGGGUCAAAGUUCUUCAGGAUUAUGCCGGCCUUAUCCUCUUCCUAGAAGAGGAUCACUACUUAGCCCCAGAUUUUUAUCAUGUCUUGAAAAAGAUGUGGCAACUGAAGCAGCAGCAGUGUCGCGAGUGUGAUGUGCUUUCCCUGGGAAGCUACACUGCCAGUCGCAGUUUCUACGGCAUUGCUCACAAGGUAGAUGUGAAAACUUGGAAGUCCACAGAGCACAAUAUGGGUCUCGCCUUAACCCGGGAUGCUUAUCAGAAGCUGAUGGAGUGCACGGACACUUUCUGCACUUACGAUGACUAUAACUGGGACUGGACUCUCCAGUACCUGACUGUCUCUUGUCUUCCAAAAUACUGGAGAGUGCUGGUUCCUCAGGUUCCCAGGAUUUUCCAUGCUGGAGACUGUGGGAUGCAUCACAAGAAAGCCUGUAGGCCAUCCACCCAGAGUGCCCAAAUUGAGGCGCUCUUAAGUAAUAACAAACAGUUCAUGUUUCCAGAAACACUGAUAAUCGGUGAGAAGUUUUCCAUGGUAGCCAUUGCCCCACCGAGGAAAAAUGGAGGGUGGGGAGAUAUUAGGGACCACGAACUCUGUAAAAGUUAUAGAAGACUGCAGUGAAAAAUGUCACCACCACCAAGGCAAAAGGGACAGUCUUCUAUUUUUGAUAUUUGUCCAAACAGGAUAUACAGUUGAAUAAAAGGAUUUAGGAACUGGUUUCUGCUUUAAUACAAAAAAAAAAAUCUUGUAAAAGGUGUCAAAAUAUAUAGUAUUUUUUUUCAGUUGUGUCUGAUUAAGAUUUAAGAUUGAAGUUUUCAUUUUGGAAGUUAGGUUUUAAAGCUCAAAUCUGUAUCGCUAAAGAUUAUGUUUAUUGUUGAUACAAGGGAAAAUUUUAUUUAAAUUGCAUCUGUUAAUCUUUCUAUCUGAAACUUUGUACACUUUUCCACUUUGAAAGUUUAUUUUACGUACAGCAACAUUUAAAAUGCCAUAGCAACAUUUAUUUUAAAAUGUCAUAGCAACAAAAAAAGUGUUAUGAUUAGAGUAUUAAUGGAACAACCCCAAUUUCACUCUUAACAGUUAUUAGGAAACGGUUUGCUUUAAUGGCUUAAUAAUUGAGAAGUUGUUUCUUAAAACACCCUGAGGAACGGUCAUUUAUUUGCAGUAUUAUGGAUUCAUCUACUGUUGUAUUAAGAUUUGCCUGUGCUUUGGAACCGUCACAGAACACACUUUGUUUGGAAUGUAUUUGAGUUUGAUAAGACAGUUUAAACAUUGUUUUCACUUCAAUACAGAAAUGCAGUGGCUUUUCUUUUUUUCAUUAGUGUUACCAAAAUAAAAUGCUCAUUUUUU